UUGGGUGCCCUCCACCAGGGUUCCCUCUGUCCCAAAAUCCAGAUGAAGUUUCUCUUGCUAGUGAGUCUUUAUCUGCUUGGAUCUGCCAGAGGAGCACCAAGUCAGCUGGAGGAGCCCCCUGGCUCUCUGAAUCAUCCAGAUGCCAUUCAGCAAUUUUCAGGUGAGCCCUUUUCACUCACAACCCCUUCCGACAGCAAGGCUUUAUUUGAGACUUCUUCAGGCAGGGACGCCUUUAGCAAGCAGGCCGCAUUCGAGCACGCUUUAGUUGGACGCGCUUCCGGAGAGCUCAUUUCAGGUGUGCAGGCUCCGGCUGAACAGACUUCCGGUGAACCCGCUCCGGCUGAACAGGCUGCGCUUGUACAAGCUGCCGGUGAUCAAGGUGCAGCUGGGCAGGCCGCCACUGGGCAACCUUCGGGGGAACAGGCUUCGGGGGAACAGGCUUCGGGGGAACAGCCUUCAGGCAGUCCAGAGUCAACCAGUGAAGGCCCAGGGGUAAAAUGCCACACCUGCUCUUAUAUGAGUAGUGAAGGGAAAUGCCUUCGUGGAGAGGGAACCUGCACCAUUCAGAGUUCCCAGCAGUGCAUGUUAAAGAAGAUCUUCGAAGGUGGAAAUCUUGAGUUCAUGGUUCAGGGAUGUGAGAAUAUGUGCCCAUCCAUGAGCCUCUACUCCCACGGGACCAGGAUGCAACUUAUCUGCUGUCGGGAUAAAUCUUUCUGCAACAUGACCUAGAAGCUGGUGCUCUUCCUUGCUUCUGGCUCUGGCUCAGGCAGCAAAAAUCCUCCACCAACCUCCGGGGCUCAAUUUAUGUUUGGUUUCCCUUCCAGUCAACAGCUAGUCACGUGGGCCUCUGCCUGAGUGUCAGACUGGAUGCUCAGUAUCCAUGCCUCUCCUCCCCACUGCUCUCUGCCCUCUGUUUUCUCUGUUCCGCAAAUCCAUCUCUUAACAUUCUUUGGUUUUUCAAUAAAUCCCGCAUGGU